AUGAUAGACUGCGGUAUGCUUGGAUACUUCGGAAAUUGCCUCCAAACGCCACAGGGAAUCCCGUCCUCGAUAAUUGCAACGGACCCGCAUCUUGAUGUCAUUGAGGCGAUUCCUGAGGUCGACGUCGUCCAAACACGGCUUCUUGCCAAGAGCUUUCUGGACCACUGCGGCGCUGGCAUUGACAUUUCGUAUUCGACUGAAUAUUUUGUCGCCUUUACGUUUCUUGUUUUCCUCUACGAUGACAGCAUUUGGUGCCUUUCCGCACGCUCCCAAACAUCCAACUUCGCUCACCCUGCACUCGCCAAGUCCACGGACCAACUCCUCAAUCUCGAAGAAGGUCGCCUUAGAACCUGCAUUUCGACAGGACGCUCCCUUGCACACAAGGAUUGCCGGCGGGGUGCUCGCUUUCGUGGCCGUUGGCUGCGUCAUAUAACAAGCGCAGCGGGACCAUAG